CGUAAACAAAGCGUUUAUUAUUUUAAAUUUGGGUUUUAUUGAAUACUAAACCUUUCUGCUCGUUUUUAUGUUAAGAGUUUUGUAAUAGGACUCAAAUUUAGGAUAUAUUCUAUUGGUGUUUGAUUCAGUCGUAUGAAAAGUGCGAUGAAUCAAAAAUCUCAAAGUUUCCAUUCCAUAUUGAGUGUCGUGAAGAGGGCGAAAAAUGAUAGCCAACGGUUUGCCUCACUGCUGAUUAUAACCAAACUGUUAGAAGCUGGAAAUCUAAACGAAAAUGAACGAUUGGAAUUAUUUGAAACCAUUGGAUUUUCGUUUCCAAUGAGAUUACUCGCAGCAAAUAGCGAUGAUCCGGAUUGCCCGAAAGAUAUUAUGCAGUCGCUUGGUGUCUCAAUUUUGGCGUCAUUUGCGUCUAAUCCAGAAUUAGUAGAAAGAACAGAGCUGCGAAAAUCUGUUCCACAUCUUUUAAAUAUCCUUUCAGAUGUAGAAUCAACAGCUGGUAACCCAACAAUGGUGACAGACUGUCUGCAAUUGGUCACUGCACUUGCCGACACGAAUGACGGAGCUAAAGUACUUUUGCGCCACCCUACAGUUGAAAUUAUAUGUAAAGUCUAUGAAAAAUUAGACUCUGAAAGCCAUCAUGAAAUGGUCAUAUUUAUUUUGACCAAGCUAUUACAGGAAGAUCCGAAAAAUUGGGAACAUUUAUCCGACAGUUUGAUAAAUUUUCUUAAAUUAAUCUCAUCUGACAUAAAAACAGACCAAAGCGAAAAUAAAUUUAGUUUGAUACGAUCUCUUAAUGCAUGCAUUUCUUCAAUGCCAGCAUCUUGUACUGAACAGUACAAUCAACUUUGGAUAGAAAAUGUGGCGAGCAGUUUGUGUGACAUUUUCGCAAGUAGAGUUGGUCCUGCUCAAAGAAAUCCUGCACUUUCUCUUUCUGCUACACUGACAAACCUUUAUAAAUUAAAUUGGACGACCAAAACGGACCAAGAUAAAAAAUUAUCAGUACUACUUGUUCGACUUGCAUGUGUGGAAAUAAGAAUGCUGGUGUAUGACUGGGAUAAUUCCUCAUCUGAUGAUGCACAGAAAGUAUUAUUGACAUGUUUUACAAUCAUAGAAGCAUGUUGCUCCCAUAUCGCCCAAUUUGACCAAGUUGAAAGUGAAAAUGAACUUUUCACCUUCGAGGAGAUAACAUCUCUGGAUGCGCCACUGACUGAUGCCAUAAAAUCAAUAGAAAUUUUAAUGACAAAAUUCAUGGAAACUAAAAGUCCUACCCUUUUAAUUGCAUGUCUUCGCACAGUUUCUUCAUGGCUUAACGUGGAAAUGUACGCUACUUCUGAACUCGGUAUCGCAAUUGCUCCUACUUUUCUAAGUGCUUUAAAGGUAUGCAUAAAAGAGCAUGUUGAUGAUAUUUUAAAAGCUGUAUCUCCUGGAAUACUCAACUAUGCUGAAAAUGCAUCUUCCAGAAAUGCUAUCUUAGAGAGUGGAAUUAUCGAAAUUUUUGGGCAAAUAUUGGUGGAUUCUGGAUCCAAUGUUUCAGAAGAAACCUCUUGUUUGGUUUCACAAUGUUUAAUGGUCCUCUGUUUGGAAUCUGGAGAAAAAGACUGUUUUAUAUCAAUGUUAAAAUCAUUUAUGAGAUAUUUUAUAAGCAUACCUAAAACAACUGCAUUGGCAUUUUACAUUGGAACACUCACACUGAUUGUUUGGAACCUUGAAAUUGCGCACAAUCUUGUCGAACAAGAAAGAUUUUUUAAAACUCUCGUCUCAUUUUUGCACAACAUUCACAAAGUUGGUGAAGCUGGGAUAGAAGUCUCUUCUAGUUAUAAGAGCAUGUGGGCAUCAGUUGAACAACUUUGGCCAAUCAUAAUGAAGGAAUUCAUUCGAUGUUUGAAAACCGAGCUUUGGAUAAAAGAGCUGGUUCUGGAAAGUGGAAUUCAAAGAAAAAUUCAAAACUUAAUAUCUAAACACAACAGUGACCCAGAAGGAGAAACACAGACAUGUUAUGGUCUUCUUAAUGCUGUGCUUGAAGCAUAGAAAUUAUAUUUUUUCAUUCGGAAAUGCAAUUAUAAACGCGCUUUCACCGGACUCUAUAAAAAAACUACAAGUACCUUCAUAUUUAGUUUAUUGGUGUUUAAAGGUUUAGGAAAUAACUGAUUCCAACAAAAUUGCACCGAGCGAAUUAGUAGACGACUACAAUGCUACUUGGCAAUACAACUUUUAAAAUUUAAA